AUGGCACCAUCAGCAGUCUCGCCGCAACAGCGACCCGUCGACUCUGGCGCUGUACAGCCUCCCUCCGGGGGAAACUUCACCGGCUACGACCACGUAACCUGGUGGGUAGGCAACGCCAAGCAAGCAGCGGCCUACUACGUCAACCUCUUUGGCUUCAAGCACAUUGCGUACCGGGGCCUCGAGACGGGCAGCCGGUACUUUGCGUCGUACGUCGUGGCCAACAACGACGUGCGCUUCGUCUUCACGUCGCCGCUGCGCUCGGCGGUCCACCUGCCCGCCGACGAGGCCAUCAGCCCCGAGGACAAGAAGCUCCUGGACGAGAUGUACGCGCACCUGGAGCGGCACGGCGACGCCGUCAAGGACGUGGCCUUUGAGGUCGACAACGUAGAGGGCGUGUACCACAAGGCCGUCAAGGAGGGCGCCGUCGCGGUGCAAGGCCCGACGCAGUUCCAGGACGAGGAGCACGGCUCCGUCACCACAGCCGUCAUCUGCACAUACGGCGACACGACGCACACGCUCAUCAACCGCGGCUCAUACACCGGCCCUUUCCUCCCGGGCUUCAGGGAGGGCAAGAAGUCCACCGCCAGCGUGUCCCUGCCGGACGUGAAGCUCGCGCGUAUCGACCACUGCGUCGGCAACCAGGACUGGAACGAGAUGGUCUCCGCGUGCGCCUUCUACGAGCAGUGCCUGUCCUUCCACCGCUUCUGGUCCGUCGACGACAAGCAAAUCUGCACAGAGUUCUCUGCCCUGUCGUCCAUCGUCAUGGCGUCCCCCAACAACCUCGUCAAGAUGCCCAUCAACGAGCCUGCCGCGGGAAAGAAGAAGUCCCAGAUCGAGGAGUACGUCAUCUUCAACUCGGGCGCCGGCGUCCAGCACAUUGCCCUGCUCACGCCGAGCAUCAUUGACGCAGUUACUGCUCUGAGGGCCAGGGGCGUCGAGUUCAUCAACGUCCCGCAGACGUACUACGACACCAUGCGCCAGCGGCUCAAGACGGAGAAGCGCAACUGGGAGCUCAAGGAGGACCUGGACACCAUUCAGCGACUGAACAUUCUUAUUGAUUACGAUGAGGGCGGCUACUUGCUGCAGCUGUUCACGAAGCCGUUGAUGGAUCGUCCUACCGUCUUUAUUGAGAUUAUUCAGCGUAAUGAGUUUGAGGGCUUUGGCGCUGGUAACUUUAAGAGUUUGUUUGAGGCGAUUGAGCGUGAGCAGGCGGAGAGAGGGAACCUGUAA